CCCACGGGCGGUUUCGUGACAGAGAGAAGAAGAAGGAGACGACAUAGGGAGAGGGGUGGCUGGAGCCCGAGUCCAAGUGAGGAAGAGGCUGCCGCCACCGCUACCGCUAUCGCCAUGGGGGGCAGCGAGCCGCCACAAGGUGAGCCAAAGAAAUAUGAUCCAAAAUUCAAAGGCCCAGUUGGAAACAGGAGCUGCACUGACAUCCUCUGCUGUAUCAUCUUUUUUCUAGCCAUCGUACUGUACGUCAUCGUGGGGAUAUUGGCAUGGAUUCACGGAGACCCUCGUAAAGUGAUCUAUCCAACUGACAGCCGUGGCGAGUUCUGUGGUCAAGUUGGAGGCCGGAAUGAGCACAAACCAUUUCUGUUUUAUUUCAACCUGCUCAAAUGUGCCAGCCCUUUGGUACUGCUGGAGUUUCAGUGUCCCACCACACAAAUCUGUGUUAGUAAAUGCCCGGAAAAGUUUGAUAGCUUCAUCACUGCGCACACACUGCUUAAAGUGGCACCGGAAAGGUGGACGUAUUACACACAGUUCUGUAAGCCAGGCUUUAAUGAUUCAACCAAGACGCCUGUCGAAGUGUUUAAAGAUGGGGAUUGUCCUGCCUUUUUAACUCCCAGCAAACCUUUUACCCGAAGAUGCUUCCCUGACCUGAAAGUCCAGCAAGGUGUGGUUAAAGUUGCCAACCAGACUAUUUUCAGCACGGCCGAUGGAUCUAUAAAUGCUACGCAGUUGCUUGAUGGAGCGAAGGGAGCAAACAUGGUGCUUGAAGUCAGAGAGGUUGCAAUGAAGAUAUUUGAAGAUUACACACAAUCUUGGUACUGGAUUUUGAUAGGGAUGAGCAUCGCCCUGGUGGUUAGUCUGCUCUUUGUCAUCUUGUUGCGUUUCAUUGCUGCAUUUAUGGUGUGGUCAAUCAUCCUGAUGGUUAUUGCUGUCCUUGGCUACGGUAUUUUUCACUGCUACGUGGAAUAUAAAGAGUUGAAGGGAGUUCCAGGAUCAGAAGUGACAAUCAAAGACUUGGGCGUCCAUACUGACCUGCGAGUCUACCUACACAUACGGCAAACCUGGCUGGCAUUUUUAAUCAUUCUGGUGGUCCUGGAACUUAUCAUCAUUCUGAUAUUAAUAUUCCUACGGAAGAGGAUUAUGAUAGCAAUAGCCCUGCUAAAGGAAGCAAGCAAAGCUGUUGGCUAUAUUAUGUCCACUCUGGUCUAUCCUGUCAUCACAUUUCUCCUGCUGUUACUCUGCAUAGCUUACUGGGGCAUUACUGCCGUAUUCUUGUCCACCUCCAGUAAAGCGGUUUAUAAAGUGCUGGCAAAUGAAUUGACCUGUAAUUACACCAUGAAGACCUGUAAUCCUGAUACUUUUAAUACUUCCAAGAUCAUAGAGCAGUGCCCGGAAGCAGAGUGUAUAUUUGCUUUCUAUGGAGGCGAGUCAUACUAUCAUCGAUACCUCAUUGUCUUCCAAUUCUACAACGUCUUUCUGUUCUUCUGGCUGUGCAAUUUUGUCAUUGCCUUGGGACAAGUUACACUCGCAGGAGCUUUUGCCUCCUACUACUGGGCUUUUAAUAAACCGGCUGACAUUCCAGCACUCCCUGUGUUUGCUUCAAUAGGACGUGCACUCAGAUACCACACUGGCACCUUGGCAUUUGGAUCUCUCCUCUUAGCCCUUGUCCAGGUUAUCAGAGUUUUAUUGGAAUAUAUUGAUCAGAAAAUGAAAGGUGCACAGAAUAAAGUCGCAAAAUUUAUAUUGUCUUGCUUGAAAUGUUGCUUCUGGUGUUUGGAGAAAUUCCUGAAGUUUUUGAACAGGAAUGCUUAUAUCAUGGUUGCAAUUUAUGGGAAGAAUUUCUGCACUUCUGCAAAGAACGCUUUCUUCUUACUGAUGAGAAAUAUUGUCCGGGUCGUCGUUUUGGAUAAAGUCACAGAUUUUCUACUGUUUCUGGGCAAACUGCUUAUUGUCGGAGGAGUGGGUGUUCUUGGAUUCUUCUUCUUCACGAAACGAAUAACCAUAUUUGAAGACAAGGCUCCAACCCUGAAUUACUACUGGGUUCCACUGUUGACUCUGAUCGUGGGUUCUUACCUUGUUGCACAUGGAUUCUUCAGUGUGUAUGCAAUGUGUGUGGACACUUUGUUCCUCUGCUUCUUGGAAGACCUGGAGAGGAAUGAUGGUUCGAAUGAACGACCCUAUUUCAUGUCCAAGGCACUCCUGAAGAUCCUGAGAAAAAAAAAUGAAUGAAGACUUAGAGUGCAGCCUGCAACUAGAGUCAAGCCUGUAUCUAAAGAACAUGGAAUCCUUCUGGAUCAACCUUGCCACUAAUACAGUGAAUGAAGAGUGCUAGACUUUGGUGUGCAGUCAGCAGUGGCUAAGGUCCCAGGUGUGACAGGUUUAUCUGCAUUACUGCUGUCUCUACCUCUACCUUAAUGUUCCAAAAAGGGGUCAUAUUUUGAGAUAAAAUUAGGUUGUUAAUGUCUGGGAGACUUUGGGUUUCAUAAACUUAAGAGGAAGAAAGCUCGCUUGUCUGCAGUUAGGUGGCAGACACUUGCUUCAGACCAAUUGCUGCAAUGUCACGGACAGGUUCAGAUGGCAUUAAUAAACUCAAGCUAAGUUUUCAUGCACUAUGAACUGUCUUUAGUGCUCCACUUAGCUUUGUUUGCUACAUGUGAUAGAACUUUAUGCAUUUUUGCCUGUUACACAGGCAGUUUACUGUACAUCAACUUGUAAGUGCACGUGCUGAAUUUUCUCCCCGACCUCCUGACUGUAAUAACUCUUGCCUUGUGUAUGGAUUCCAGGAGUGCUCAGAUUUCCAGUAUCCCACUCACACUCAUUCUUCAAGUGUGAGCCUUUUAUACAACAGCCUUGAGACAUUUGAGAUGAGCAACUGAUGUGUUCUGGUCUCGUCCCCAAAAUUAGUGCAGUUUGUGUCCUACUCCAGAGAAGUGCUAAGAGUAAAUUGAAUGUCAAAUGCCCAUAAUCUUCCAAACUAAAAAGUCCUGAAGUUUCAAUAGCAUUAUUGCAGCUUCUGAUGGCUUGCUAUGAGUUGCUUUGUUUUGUUUUCUGUUUUAAGCGAGUAAGUAACCCAUUCAGGGAUGUUUAAAUCAUGUGCUCUUCAUGCUGUCACAAAUAGCAUAUAUAUUUAAAGAAAACUGCCACUUCAAGAUUUGAUAUUGAAUUCACUUCCUUAGACUCUUGAAGUUUGGCAAUAGAAUUUAAUGUUCCUAUGUUAAAGAUAAGAAUGAGAAAAUAGCUGUUUUUAAAUAAUUGACAUUUUCCAAGAACCUUGUUAAAUCCAAGCGUUAGAUACAAACCUCCCUCAAUCAGAAGGCUCAGCCUAACUCGGCAGCUUGUUUGUUUUACUGGGAUUUUAAAAUGUUAUUUUAACAAUGACAAAGAGACAGCUUUACUCUAUAAAUUAAAUUGCAAUGUUAACUGGCUAAGUAAAGUUGUCUAGAUAUUGCUUGCUCAUACAACUAUAACAGUUGGGUAUACUGCCAAUCUGUUUUUAUGCAUGCCGCGGUUAGCUAAUGAAAUAAAUUGUUAAUGUUACUUUUGUAAACUAAGGAGGCUGUUUUGGAUGUAUUCAUGUCAAGAGUUGUUGGAAUUUAAACCUGGCAUGUAACAGAUUGUUUCCGCAGGUCUGGUUCUUGCCACAUUCUGUAUUAAAUUAAAAGUGCCUAAUUAUAUCACUUUCUAAAACCA